UGCGAAUGUAAGAAUUGAUAUUUAAGCUGUAAGUUGUUAAUUUCUUUUCGAAAAAUGCUAAAACGCUCCACAUGGAGGCAGCAGAAUACAUCAGCAAUGUCCUGCCCACUGAAGUGAGAUAAAGCUGCAAGUGUGUAAAAGUUUUAGCCAGUCCAAGUAGACCUUGCGCCUCGACGCACCGCUCAGACAGCCGGAGAGAUGGGAGCCACACAAACACACUCCGAGUACCAAUACGAGAACAUGGUGGGGAAAACUGGAUUUUCAAUCGAGCAGAUUAAAAACCUGCACAUGCGAUUUCAGCAGCUGAGUGGAAAUGAAAAAACACUAAGAAGAGAACACCUGAAGAAUAUACCAACUCUGGCCGAUAACCCCAUCAGAACGGAAAUUAUUGAGGCGUUCUUUGAUAAAAGGAACCAGCAUAAUAAUGAGUUGGGAUCAUAUGAGGAAAUCGGCUUUGAGGAGUUCCUAAUGGUUAUGUCCCACUUCCGUCCUCCAAGUAUUAAAACAUCAGCGGAGGAGAGGGUGGCAAUGAGAAAACAGAAGGUUUGCUUCCUGUUCAACAUGCACGACACCGACGGUGAUGGCAAAAUUACGCUGGAGGAGUACAGAAAGGCUGUCGAGGAACUUCUUUCGGAAAGUGGGUCCAUCGGGCAGGAAGGUGCUCGGGCGAUAGCAGAUGCUGCCAUGCUGGAGGUGGCGAGCACAAAUAUGCCCAACAUGGGCCCGGAUGACGUCUACGAAGGAAUUACAUUGGAACAUUUUGAACAGAUUCUAAAAAACCUUGAAAUGGAGUCCAGGAUGUAUGUUCGCUUUCUGGAUAUGAACACCGCUAAUCUGCGUUGUGGAAAAUAAGCCACCUGAGGGAAUUGUUGGUCUAAGGAACUCUUUAUGUUGCUGCUGUUUUUAGCAGAACCACCUCUGUCCUGGAAAGGAAAAAAGCAAAACACUUUUCCAAGCACUAACAUGUUUUCAAUAUGAAAAAUCAGUAAGAUUCUCAAAACUGCAAGCUACUUGUGAAGAUCAGGUUUGAUAAUAGAAAGCCUUUUUAUUGCUGUAUGUUAGCUUGUAAAACAGUUCCAUAUUUUAAAAUUCCUCAAACUUUUCUUAGUUUUAUUGCAUUUAGUUAUAUUUAUUAUGACCUCACACUGUUGCUUUGGAAAUUACUAAUGUGCAAUAUGAAAGAUUUUUACCUUGAAACAAAAGGUUCACACAUAAGAUGAAGUAUGUUACAGGUGAUCUACUGUGCUCAGCAUUUGGACAACAGGACCAGUCCUCCUCAUAAAUCAGGAUACAAUAUUUUAUGUUUUUACUACUGAAACUAUACAUAAUAAACCACUACUGUUAUAAAAGAAUAAAAACAACACUAUUUUUGAUUAUUACUGAAAUGAUUUAUUUUCCCCUCAUUUCAAAAAACUGAAUUUUAAAUAAAGUGGAAAAUAAAUAUCUGGAUUUUUCUCUUAUUUUCCCCCUGAAAAACUGCAAAAUAUGACAAUUUUUGUGGAUAAAUCACAUACCGUGCCUGAUCUAAAAAGUCAAAUAUAAAAACAAAUGAACAACAAUGUUUAUCAAGGUGGCAAUCUUGCAGCAGAUGAGCUGUUUGCAUCCUAAUAAAAGCGCCAAAAUGGUACUAAAAGGUAACUAAAAAUUAGCAGUAUGAACAAUCAGACAGAUUAAUGUGUAAUUUGUCCUUUCUGCUUCUCAGAC